UGCCGGGAGUUGUAGUUUCAGUGCGGCGGGCCCAGUAAGUCCAGUGGCUGCGCUCCGGUGCCGCGGCGCCUGAGGGCCGAGGCGGAAGUGAGGCGGCCACACCGGGGGUCGAGGGCGCAGGGUCAGCGGUCGCGGGGAGCUCGCAAGGGGCGCGGGGCUCAGGAAGUGCGCGUGCGCGGCAAUAGGCCCGGGGGAGGAGGCAGGGCAAGGCCAGGCGAGGUGGCCAGUGGCCUGGGCAUCCAGCCUGGAAGAUGCACAAGAGGAAGGGACCCCCGGGACCCCCAGGCCGAGGUGCCGCCGCCGCCCGCCAGCUGGGCCUGCUGGUUGACCUCUCCCCAGACGGCCUGAUGAUCGCUGAGGAUGGAGUUAAUGAUGAGGAACUGGAGGCCGAGUUCUUGGCCUUGGUUGGGGGCCAGCCCCAAGUCCUGGAGAAGCUCAAAGGCAAAGGCCCCCUGCCCAUGGAGGCCAUUGAGAAGAUGGCCAGCCUGUGCAUGAGAGACCCGGAUGAGGGUGAGGAUGAGGGUACAGACGAGGAGGAUGUGGAGGCUGACGAUGACCUGCUGGCAGAGCUAAACGAGGUCCUUGGGGAGGAGCAGAAGACUGUGGAGUCCCACCCUCCUGCCACUCAGCAGCCAAAGGCCACAGCCCCCAGCCCAGGGGUGGAGGCCACCUUGCAGGAGAGGUUGGCCCUCUACCAGACAGCGAUCGAAAGCGCUAGGCGAGCUGGAGAUGGUGCCAAGAUGCGGCGCUAUGACCGGGGGCUUAAGACACUUGAAAACCUGCUGGCCUCAGUCCGGAAGGGUAACACAAUCGAUGAAGGCGACAUCCCGCCACCUGUGGCAGUGGGGAAGGGCCCGGCAGCCAUGCCCUGCCACACUCCGACACCCACCCAGCCGUCAUCUGCAAACCAGCCAGUACCAGAGCCCAGGGUCACAGUAGAAGGCCUUCCUACCACUGCUCCCACCACAUCCAUUGGCUUGACUAAGCCCCAGCUUCCUCCAGGUCCCUGCAGCCCCGGCCCCCUCGCCCAGUUGCAGAGCCGCCAGCGGGAAUAUAAGUUGGCUGCUCUCCAUGCCAAGCAGCAGGGAGAUACUGUCACUGCUGCCCGGCACUUCCGUGUGGCUAAGAGCUUCGAUGCCGUCUUGGAGGCCCUGAGCCGGGGGGAGCCUGUGGACCUGUCCCGCCUGCCACCUCCCCCUGACCAGCUGCCCCCAGACCCACCAUCACCACCACCACAGCCUCCAACUCCCACCACGGUGCCCUCCACGCCAGAGGUUCCCCCACCUCCGCGGACUCUCCUGGAGGCCCUGGAGCAGCGGAUGGAGCGAUACCACAUGGCUGCAGCCCAGGCCAAGGCCAAAGGGGACCAGCGGAAGGCUCGCAUGCAUGAGCGCAUCGUCAAGCAAUACCAAGACGCUAUCCGAGCCCACAAGGCUGGCCGGGCUGUAGAUGUGGCUGAGCUGCCGGUGCCCCCAGGCUUUCCCCCCAUCCAGGGCCUGGAGGCCACUGAGCCCACCCAGCAGAGCCUGGUGGGGGUCCUGGAAACUGCCAUGAAGCUGGCCAACCAGGAUGAAGGCCCAGAGGAUGAAGAGGAUGAAGAACCUAGGAAGCAGCCCACCAGCCCUCCGGCCCCCGCAGCCCAGCCCAAGGCCCCACCCUCAAGGGCAACCCCAUCAGGCUCCACCCCAGCAGCCAAAACAGCCCCCAAGGGCACAUCCACCAGAGCCCAGCAGCAGCUGGCCUUCCUGGAAGGCCGCAGGAAGCAGCUCCUACAGGCCGCGCUGCGAGCCAAGCAGAAGAAUGACGUGGAGGGGGCCAAAAUGCACCUGCGCCAGGCCAAGGGGCUGGAGCCCAUGCUGGAGGCCUCACGCAACGGGCUGCCUGUGGACAUCGCCAAGGUGCCACCCGCCCCCGUCAACAAGGACGACUUCUCUCUGGUCCAGCGGCCCGGCCCAGGCCUGUCUCAGGAGUCUGCCCGCCGCUACGGCGAACUCACCAAGCUCAUAAGGCAGCAGCACGAGAUGUGCCUCAACCACUCUAACCAGUUCACCCACCUGGGCAACAUCGCCGAAACCAGCAAAUUUGAGAAGCUGGCAGAGGACUGUAAACGGAGCAUGGAGAUUCUGAAGCAGGCAUUCGCCCGGGGUCUCCCCACACCCACUGCCCGCUUUGAGCAGAGAACCUUCAGCAUCAUCAAGAUCUUCCCUGACCUCAGCAGCAACGACAUGCUCCUGUUCAUCGUGAAGGGGAUCAACUUGCCCACACCCCCAGGACUGUCUCCCAGCGACCUGGAUGUCUUUGUUCGGUUUGACUUCCCCUAUCCCAAUGUGGAAGAAGCUCAGAAAGACAAGACCAGUGUGAUUAAGAACACGGACUCCCCCGAGUUCAAGGAGCAGUUUAAGCUCUGCAUCAGUCGCAGCCACCGCGGCUUCCGAAGGGCCAUCCAGACCAAAGGCAUCAAAUUCGAAGUGGUCCACAAGGGGGGGCUGUUCAAGACUGACCGGGUGCUGGGCACGGCCCAGCUCAAGCUGGAUGCCCUGGAGACCGCAUGCGAGGUCCGGGAGAUACUGGAGGUCCUGGAUGGUCGCAGGCCCACGGGGGGGCGGUUGGAGGUGAUGGUCCGAAUUCGGGAGCCGCUGACAGCCCAGCAGUUGGAGACCACAACUGAGAGGUGGCUGGUCGUCGACCCCGUGCCAGCAGCUGUGCCCACACAGGUUGCUGGGCCCAAAGGCAAGGCCCCUCCCGUGCCUGCCCCUGCGAGGGAACCAGGGAACAGAACCGCACGGCCCCUGCAUAGCCUCAGCGUGUUGGCCUUUGACCAAGAGCGUCUGGAGCGGAAGAUCCUGGCCCUCAGGCAGGCGCGGCGGCCGGUGCCCCCGGAAGUAGCCCAGCAGUACCAGGACAUCGUGCAACGCACCCAGUGGCAGAGGGCACAGCUGGAGCAGGGGGGCCCGGGCAUCCGGAGGGAGUAUGCGGCCCAGCUAGAGCGUCAGCUGCAGUUCUACACAGAGGCCGCCCGGCGCCUGGGCAAUGACGGCAGCAGGGAGGCUGCAAAGGAGGCACUGUACAGGCGGAACCUGGUAGAGAGUGAGCUGCAGCGGCUCCACAGGUGAGGGGCCAACCAGGCAGGCGGCCCCUGGAGAGUGGGGAGUAGGCCCAAGGCCCUGGCCCUGGGAAGAGCGGACAAAGCCACAGCCAAGGACCAGACAAGCAGACAAUCAGCGGACAGUCAGCUCCAGAUGGACACAUCCCCCCACUGGGUUCCCCCAGCCAGGUCGCAGCUCCCUGGCAGGGGGCGCUGGGGAUGGCACUGCCAGCCGGCUCAUGCCUCUAACCCAGGCCCGGCUGGGUGGGUCCUGGACAGUCCUGUUUGCACAGCCUGGGGCGUCGGGCCCCUGGCCUGCCCCGGAGGUGGGGGGGGGGGCAGCUAGGACCAAGCCCCGAGGGCCCUGCAAGCACUUUACUUCCUGUCCCUCCCCAGCCUUAACCCUGAAGCCCACCCACACCCCAAAGAAGCCACUGAGGUCAGCCAAAGCCCAGCUGGCUCCCCAGGGCUGACACAGGGAAUAAACAGCCAGGGCCACGCCUGGCUCACUCUGUCCUA